CAAUACUUCUAUAGAUAUGAAUUGCUCUGUGUUCUAGAAUAUCCGUUUUAUGGAUUUGGAAGACAAUUGUUUGAAUCAUGGACUUCCUAAUUGGCGGGCUUGCCGGCGCGGGCGCAACAUUCUUCACAAACCCCAUAGAUGUAGUAAAAACACGCAUGCAACUGCAAGGAGAGUUGCGUACUCGGAACGAACACACUACCCGAUACAGAGGCAUCUUUCAGGCACUCUACGUAAUAGCGCGCACCGACGGCGCCCUUGCAUUACAGAAGGGCCUUGUACCGGCUGUAUUGUUGGGAUUCAGUAUGAACUCUGUUAGGUUAGGUAUAUAUCACAUUGCAGAAGUUCAAGGAUGGACAAGGACCAAUGAGGGGGAAGUCAGUUUAGGUAACUGUGUAUUGUGGUCAAGCGUGAGUGGCGCUUUGAGCGGGGUCGCUAGCAACCCCGUGUCUGUGUUGAAGACGAGGAUACAAGCCGCUUCCCACCCGAGCAUAGCUGUAGGAAAACAGCAUAGUUACAAAGGUUUCUGGGAUGGCUGGAAGACAAUGUAUAGGUAUGAAGGUAUGAGAGGAUUUUUGGCGGGAAUCAACGGUACCUGCACCAGAUUAGCAAUCGGCAGCGCCGCCCAGCUCACUUCGUUCUCUAUAGCUAAAGAGGCGUUGCUGAACCACGAAAUAUUGAACACCUCACCAUUUGGGCUUGCAUUCGCAGCGAGCUCAUUAAGUGGCUUCAUCGUUGCAUUUACAGUGUGCCCCUUCGACGUCAUCACCAUUCGACUUUAUAACCAGGGUUCUGGGGGAGAAACACUCUACAAAGGCGUAUGGGACUGUUUCCGAAAAAUAUACCGCACUGAAGGCUUUCGCGGCCUCUAUAAAGGCAUUGGACCUCUUUAUCUACGAAUUGCACCGCACACUACAAUAUCUCUUGUUAUUUGGGACCUGCUAAAUAAUAUGUUAACUGAAAGUGAAAAUGAAACGUAAACUCUAGUGGAGUGUUUUAUUUUUGUACUUUCUUUACAAAAAUAAUUCUCAUCUCACUGUAAGUGUAGAGUCAGUGGGAUAAGAGUUGUUGUCCUUUUAUCUUAAGAAUUGUUCCGUUCACUUAUCUCCGUUAUUGCCUCUCCGAUCUAAUCCUUAUCCUUACUUUCUUACUCAAUAAUAUAAAUGUG